AAAUUCAAUUCAGAUUCACUUUGCUAUUCAUCACCUAACUUCCCAAAAAUGAUUUCUUAUUCAUUCCGUCGUCGAUCCCACGACACUGUUUUAUGUUGUCUUGAAAAGUCGUCCUCCUCCCCAUGGCCAUGGCCUUUUAUUAGAUCCCCAUCACUUCCGCCCCCCUCCCGUCUCUGCUCUCAACCUCGACCCAUCAGUCUUCAGCAGUAGACGCAAACAGGGGAACGGUCUGCGCCUUUGAUUCGACUGCUGAAAAUGUCGGACAUGGCCAAAGAUGCGUGGAGGAAGUAUCUGAUACAGCUUCAAGCCCAUCCUCUCAGAACCAAGGCAAUAACUGCCGGGGUUUUAGCUGGGUGCAGCGAUGCCAUUGCUCAGAAGAUCUCGGGGAUCAAGAAGCUCCAACUGAGAAGAUUGCUACUCAUCAUGCUGUAUGGCUUUGCGUAUGGAGGGCCAUUUGGUCACUUUCUUCAUAAAUUGAUGGAUAUCAUUUUCAAGGGGAAGAAGGACAAAACAACUGUAGCAAAGAAGGUACUGUUGGAGCAGCUAACGAGUUCCCCAUGGAACAACAUGUUUUUCAUGAUGUACUAUGGUUUAGUAGUUGAAGGAAGACCCUGGGGAUUAGUGAAGAGCAAAGUACGGAAAGACUACCCUACUGUGCAGUUGACUGCUUGGAAAUUUUGGCCCAUUGUCGGUUGGAUCAAUUAUCAGUACAUGCCCCUGCAAUUUCGUGUUGUGUUCCACAGCUUCGUCGCCUCAUGCUGGGCAAUCUUUCUAAAUCUGAAAGCAAGAUCAGUCACGGUGAAGGCCGACUAGGAAACAUGAAGAGUCUCUCCAUAGAUGAAUCUCUAUAUAGAUGCUCUAUAAGCUGCUAAUCUAUAGUUAUUAGUGCGUUUUUUCUUCCUGUUUCAUUUGGUUUGGUGCUUGUAUUUAUCAGCAUAAUGAUCUACUAUUAUUUUAGUUCUGAAGUACUUAGUAAAUGUUUGGUAUGUUAUCUGUUU